CAUUGUUUUGUGAAGUCGCGCUCAAGAUGGCGCGCAAUCAAAUACACAGAUCCUUAAAAUAGCGAUUGUUUUCUGUUAUUUUUUAGCUCACUGACAGUUACAAAAAUACCGCCGAGCUUUAGCAAUUAAUCGACAUAAAAUCAGCAGUAGUGAGCAGUAGUCUAUCGCUCAUCAGGAGCAAUAGAAGUGAUUACGUAGACACGGUAAUUCUCGAAGAAAGGGAGAGAGAGUGCGAGUGAGAAGUAAACGAAAGAGAAAAAAUCAACAGGAGUAGACUUUCCCUCCCGCGGGUGACUUAGUUUCGUGAACGAAAUCUAGUUGCAAUAUUGUGUAAAACAAUUGUGUUUAUACAUAAAAUGUUGUUGUUGCUACGGGUUUGAAUUAGUCUUCGAACAGUAGUAACAAUGAACGAGGGCGAUAACAAAGAAGCGCUGAGCACUUUCGCGGAUAAAUCGCAAAAGGGCUCCGCGUACGAGUUCGAUCAAAUCCUCGGAAGAUCCAUCCUAAUCAGCCCCUCCGAGGAACAAUAUGAGUUGCUGCUUAGGAGAAUAAAGCAGCAGCUUGGUGAGGGCAGAGGGGAAGUUAUUUUGGAGAUAGGCGGCGCUGAGGAUGGCGACGACAGCGGUUUGAAAGAGGAUGAGUUGGAGGCAGCUGUGGCCACCCUACAAUCCCUUUCCGCCACCCUGGAAUGUAGCUGUGUUAAAUUACGGGAGAGAAAGGAGGGUAGAGGUGUAUUGGUUCAGUAUCUGAUUCGCAGGGUCUUGGGGGAAAGUGAUUUCCUUGAAAUUCGUGUGGCUGUUGUGGGUAAUGUGGAUGCUGGCAAGUCCACACUGCUAGGUGUCCUGACCCAUGGAGAUCUGGAUAAUGGUAGAGGCCAUGCCAGGCAGAGGUUGUUCAGACAUAAACAUGAAAUGGAAUCAGGCCGAACCAGCUCAGUGGGAAAUGAUAUCUUAGGUUUUGAUGACCAGGGUUCAGUUGUGAAUAGGCCAGAGCAUGGCUCUCUGGAUUGGGUGAAAAUCUGUGAGAGAAGCUCAAAGGUUAUUACUUUUAUUGACUUGGCUGGUCAUGAGAGGUACUUAAAGACCACAGUCUUUGGAAUGACUGGACAUGCCCCUGAUUUUGGUAUGCUUAUGGUCGGAGCGAACGCGGGAAUAAUCGGUAUGACUAAGGAACAUCUGGGGCUUGCUCUAGCAUUAUCAGUACCAGUAUUUGUGGUGGUAACGAAAAUCGACAUGUGCCCAGCCAACAUCUUGCAGAACAACUUAAAAAUGCUGGUGCGGAUACUUAAAUCUCCAGGCUGCAGAAAAGUACCAGUGAUGGUAAAAAGCACAGACGACGUGGUGCUAAGCGCUACAAACUUCGUUUCCGAAAGAUUAUGUCCAAUCUUCCAAGUCUCAAAUGUGACAGGCGAGAACUUAGACUUGCUGAAAACUUUCCUGAAUUUGUUAACGACCAGAACAGAGUACCAAGAGAACGAACCAGCCGAGUUUCAAAUUGAUGACACUUAUUCAGUACCUGGAGUUGGUACAGUGGUUUCUGGUACAACGCUCAAAGGAGUUAUCCGAUUGAAUGACACGCUUAUGCUGGGACCGGAUCCUCUGGGUCAUUUUCAACCAAUAGCGGUGAAGAGCAUACACAGGAAAAGGAUGGUAGUGAAAGAGGUGAGAGCCGGCCAAACGGCUAGUUUCGCUUUGAAGAAGAUCAAGAGGUCGCAGAUUCGCAAGGGCAUGGUUAUGGUAUCGCCGGUAUUGAAUCCACAAGCCUGUUGGGAAUUCGAGGGCGAGAUCUUGGUGUUGCAUCAUCCAACCACAAUCAGCUCGCGUUAUCAGGCUAUGGUACAUUGCGGUAGCAUCCGGCAAACUGCUAGCAUCCUGUCAAUGUCUCAGGAGUGUUUGAGGACGGGGGACAAAGCAACUAUCCACUUUAGGUUUAUCAAGUAUCCGGAAUACAUGACCCCGGGCCAGAGGAUGGUCUUCAGAGAAGGUCGGACGAAAGCCGUAGGCAAUGUGGUCAGAAUUUUAGCGCAAAACAACGCUGCAGCUCAGAGCGCGAGGGCGAAAUUGGCUAAGCAGCAUCAUCACAAUCAUCAAAGGUUCAAUCACCACAACCAAUCAUCUGGACACACGCACCAAUCACAUCAGCAGCAGUCGGCCGAAACAUCAAACGAGAAUAGCAAUAACAAUGAGAACAAUCCGGAGGUUGUUGAUCAGCAGCGCUCGCAGCAAAACAAGAGGGGACGAGGAAAGCGUGGCGGUCGCGGCAGAUCGAACAACGUAGCCAACAAGGUGACCGUGGAUCUUAGCGGAAUCGACCUCAUCAGCCAGCAAACGUCGAGAACUAAAGUACAAUAAAAUACAAACCAUCAACCGUUAAAACGAUGAUAAUCGCGAACCCUCCCAAAAUUUAGUCUUUAAGACAUAAAACACAAAAGUAAUUUUUAAAACAUGUUUUAUUUCGACAUAUAAACAAAGAAAGAAAAUUUUAUACACUCA